ACAGUCCUGGACUCCACUCUGCAAUCUCAGCCUUGGGAAAGUGAUCCCAGCAUCUGACAGCCAAGAUGCCGGCCCACCUGCUGCAAGAGAAGGUCUCCAGCUCCUACACAAACACAACCGCUACUGUCACCACACCCCACUCCAGGCUCCCACAGGGUGCAGAGGACAAGCUGGGGAAGAACCCCCUGCCCACCGAGGAAGACAUCCGUCCUGAGUUCAAAGAUGACAUCUAUGACCCCAGCUACCAGGAUGAGGAGGGCCCCAGGCCCAAGCUCCAGUAUGUCUGGAGAAACAUCAUCCUCAUGGCUCUGCUACACAUCGGAGCCCUGUAUGGGAUCACCUUGGUGCCCAGUUGCAAGUUCCACACCUGGCUCUGGGCAUUUGGCUACUAUCUGGUUAGUGUGGUGGGCAUCACAGCAGGAGCGCAUCGCCUGUGGAGCCACAGGACUUACAAAGCCCGACUGCCCCUGCGACUCUUCUUGAUCAUUGCUGACACCAUGGCCUUCCAGAAUGAUGUGUUUGAAUGGGUCCGAGACCACCGCGCCCACCACAAGUUCUCAGAAACCAACGCCGAUCCCCAUAACUCCAGACGUGGCUUCUUCUUCUCUCACGUGGGCUGGCUGCUGGUACGCAAACACCCGGCCGUUAAGGAGAAGGGCAGGCUGUUGGACCUGUCUGACCUCAAAGCUGAGAAACUGGUGAUGUUCCAGAGAAGGUACUACAAACCUGCUGUCCUGCUGAUGUGCUUCAUCCUGCCCACGUUCGUGCCCUGGUAUUUCUGGAGUGAAACUUUCCAACACAGCUUGUAUGUGGCCACUUUCCUACGUUAUGCUGUAGUGCUCAAUAUCACCUGGCUGGUGAACAGUGCUGCCCACAUGUAUGGAUAUCGCCCGUAUGACAAGAACAUUGAUCCCCGAGAGAAUGCACUGAUUUCUCUGGCAGCUUUGGGUGAGGGCUUCCACAACUACCACCACUCCUUUCCCUAUGACUACUCCACCAGCGAGUACUGCUGGCACAUCAACCUCACCACAUUCUUCAUCGACUGCAUGGCCGCCCUGGGCCUGGCUUAUGACCGAAAGAGAGUAUCCAAGGCUGCCAUCUUGGCCAGGAUUAAGAGGACUGGAGAUGGAAGUCACAAGAGUGGCUGAGUUUUUAUUUUCCUUAACUUCAUUUUCCAAAAAAACAAUCAGGCAAAUUUUUGAUGAUCUGUUUAUUAAUUACUGAGUAAUGCUCCAGGACACUAAAGAUGAUUAUCUUAACACACUCCAACACAAUAUUCUUUUAAAAUGCAAACAUUUUAAACGACAACAAGCAAAUCAUUUAGAUGCUACACUUAAUAUUCUUACAUCUAUCGUCUCUCUCUCUCCGUUCUGUUUACAUUGUUCUUUGCUUUGUUCCUGUCACCAUCCUUUCUACUCUUUCAUUGCUACCCAGGAAGGAAACAGUCAGUCACUACCUGAUGUCCACCCUCAAAACCUAAACAAUCUUCCCAGAGUCUAAAAAUAAUGGUCUUUGUCCACAUAGCUAGUUUAGUUGUCAGUUUAUACAUAGGCAGCAGAAGACAAAGAUACAACAAAAACUCUACAAAGUCCAUG